UCCAGGCUCUGAGCCAUCAGCCCAGAGCCCGACGCGGGGCUCGAACUCACGGACCGCGAGAUCGUGACCUGGCUGAAGUUGGACGCUUAACCAACUGCGCCACCCAGGCGCCCCAGGAAUGUGAUUUUUAAUGUACUUAAGUACUGUAGUUCUGGAGACAGUCUGCUCUUGAUCCUGUGUUACAGGGACCACAGACAUUACUGUGAGGUUUCUAAGGUGCCCUCAGAACCUUGAUUCGAAAUAAAGAGUUUGAUGAAUCUCUAGUAUCAUAUCAUCGUGUGUAGGAACAGUGUGUCUAAGGGGUACUUGGAUAGCUUAGUUGGAAGCUCAUGGGACUCUUGAUCUUGGGGUCAUGAGUUUAAGCCCCAUUUGGGAUGUAGAAAUUGUUCAAAUAAGUAAAACUUAAAAAAAAAUCUGUAAACAUUCUGUGUGAUCACAGGUGCUGGUUUAGAAUUGUUUUCUCUAACUCCAGGUAUUUGAAGUGUUUAAUAGAUAUAAGAAGUGUCUGUGAAUUAAACAUGGAGAGGCUUUUCCCAGUUAACAGGGAAGCAGCACGUAAGAAAAAUAGAACUUAGUAAGUUUCUUGCAAGAUUCUUAGCCUCCAAUGUAUCUUAUGAUAUUUCUGCUCUAUUAAAUAUUAUAAAACCAAUCCAAGAUUAUUUCACUUACAAGUCACACAAGGUAUUUGCCUGACAUUCCAUUAUGCAUGUAUCCUGUCUUUCUUUUCUUUUUCUUUUUCCUUAAAUAGGCUUCAUGCCCAGCACAGACCUCAACACAAGCUUGAACUCAGGACCAGAGAUCAAGACCUGAGUUGAGAUCAAGUUUUGGACCCUUAACUUACUGACCCAGGCGCCCCUUGUAUUUCAGUACCUUUCACAAAUCAUGCUUAACUUUUACUAAUUUUAUUUAACUGAGGUUUUAACAAAUUGAUACCUAUAGAUUGUGAAAAUAGUAGUAAUUUUGUUUCCAGUAUACAUCGUUUAAGCAGGAACUAAUGUUUUCUGUGUUGAGUUCCAAGGUCUUAGGAAUAGUACUUUUGUUUCUGGAAAAAAACAAUGAUUCCUUCUGUUGCCUUCCUAAUAUGGAGCCCUUCUUGCAUUCAUUAAAACCAGGUUUCCAUGAGGCAGGAACCUGCAGCUUUGUUGGACAGCAAUCAGUGCAUCUACAGUUUUCUGAGAUCUCUAGGGUGGUAUUCACGGUUUAUAGUUGCUUAUAGAAAGGGUGUUCAUAAAUAAUGGAACAUUUUCAUUAGCAAAAAUUGCAUGUAAAUACCACCAUCCAUCUUGAAAUGGCAAAGUGUAAACAUAAAGCUAAAUAUAGAUCUGGUUUAUUUACAGAACACAGCUAAGCAGUGUUUUUGUAUAUCAUUAAUUGAAUGCACUAACUUUCUGCACAGCGCAGCCAGGUUCUCAUCACCUGUCUGCCCCUAAUUAAUGAGUGAAUGUAGACAAGCACUUAACCUCUCUGUUCUUCUGUGGUCCUUAUGUUUCUAAGGAAGGCAGCAGUGCCUGCCUCAUGUAUUUAAUGAGAAAUAAGUUAUUUCAUGGGUGGUAGUUAUACUAUUGUUUCACACAUAGCAAGUGUUGUGUAAUGGUUGUUCAUGCAACUCUUGGAAGGCCUCAAAUGACUGAAGAACUUUAAGUAAUUAUUUGAAAGUAAGAAGUGUUGGUGAGUGGAGAAUAUCAGAUUUCAGUUGACAUGAUUUGUCUGGCCUCUGCCUCCUAUUCCCACGCAGGAUCCUCUAGCCCAGAAGACAAGUAUCAGUCACUGAGGACAGACAGGAUGGCCACCAGGGAUCUGGCAAUAAGAGUGAUCUUCUUAAUCCAGACUGUGGUUGGAAUCCUGGGGAACUUGUCUCUUCUUUACCAUUAUGUCCUUUUUUCUUUCACUAGGUGUAGGCCAAGGCCCACAGAUUUGAUUGUCAAGAACCUGAUUGUAGCCAACAUUUUGGUCCUGGUCUCUUUUGGAAUACACCAUACCCUGUCAACUUUUGGGUGGUAUAACAUGUUCAGUGAUUUUGGAUGUAAAUUCUUCCCCUAUGUUCGCGGCGUGGGCAGGGGCGUGUCCAUUGGCAUGACCUGCCUCUUGAGUGUCUUCCAGGCCAUCACGAUCAGCCCCCAGAACUCCAGAUGGACAGCGCUUAAAGAGAAAGCUCUCAAGUGCCUUGUCCCUUCACUUGUCCUAUGCUGGGUCUUGCAGAUAUUGAUAAAUAUCAUGUAUCCUUUGGUUAUGGGUAGCACUUUGAACAAGAAUAACAUCACAAACAGAAAAAGUUUCGGGUACUGUUCAGCUGUUCGUCAUGAGAAAACCAGAAAUUCAUUGAAUACAAUGUUGUUAACAUUACCUGAUGUGUUGUAUGUGGGGCUCAUGCUCUGGGCCAGCGUUUCUAUGGUUUUCCUUCUGUACCAGCACAAGCAGAGGGUCCAACACAUUCAUCGGACCAGCGUCUCCUCCACAUCAUCCCCUGAGUCCACAGCCACCAAAACCAUUUUCCUCCUGGUGUGUACCUUUGUCUACUUUAAUACCCUUUCAUCGGUCUUUCAAAUUGUUUUGUCUGUUUUUGACUGUCCCACCUGGUACCUCUUGAACACCAGUUCAGUGAUCACUCUGUGUUUCCCAGCUGUCAGUCCCUUUCUGCUCAUGAGCCGAGACCCCAGGGUAUCCAUGGUCUGCUUUCCCUGUAUAAGGAAUAUAAAAUGCCCUCAUUUUAUGAGAAUUGUGUAAAUUGUAGGAAUUUCCAUAAUGUUCCUCAUGUCAGUUAUUCCUUCUUCACCUCUGAGUCCUGUAUAAUUGUGAGAGGCUAACUUAAUAAUGGUAAGCAGAACAUGUUUAACAUCUCCUUUAAAGUGAAAAAUAAGUUACAAUAGUAAUCAUAAUGCAAUAUUAUAUCAUUAUCUUAUAAAUCCUUAUUGAAGUUUUGCUAAUGAUUUUAGUGGAGGAGUUCAUAAAUUAUGCAAUUUCAAUCAUCAGAUCCUGAAACAAUCUGGAUAUUAUGCAGAACUCUUUGGGAGUGUCAUGUAAAUUUGUUACAGCAAAUAUCCCUGAAGUGAUGUAGGCAUGGAAUUAAAGCCAAAGGAGCCUGGAAAUGGAUCAGCCUGUGGCUGCUCAACACUGACACUGAAGAGAAUGGUAUCAGAGGAAAAAUUCAGUAAAUGAAUAAAGCCUUGGACACCCAGUUAUGAUUGUGGCACAUUUCAUCCUUAGGAAGGUGGUAGGUAGUCAGGUGAAGUAUGAUGUUAUGGGAACGUGGGAGGUGAGCAUGAGUAAACAUUUUCAGAUAGAAAUGGUCAGAUUGGACUGGAGCGGAUAGUGGAGAGCAUAGAUUAAAAUUUUAGCUGAUUUAAAAAAAUUUUUAUUUUAGAGAGAGAGUGUGAGAAUAGAGGGUCAGAAGGAGAGAGAGAAUCGAGCUGCAUGAUAAAUGUGGAGCCUGCUUGAGAUUCUCUCUCUGUCCCUCUGCCCCUCUCCCAGCCUUGUGCCCUGUCUCUCUUUCUAAAAGAAAAAAAUAUAUAAAAGUAUGUUUUAAAAAUAUAUAAAGGCACAUUCUCCUGUCAUAAGGGUGUCGCUCAAGGAAAGUUCACAAAGUGAUCACACUCUGUACCAGGUAUUUAGUUCAAUAGAUAAAAUAUUGUCAGACUCAGAAGCCCCUGGUGCUCCUUACCAGUCAGUCCUCAUCACGGUCAUACAUGCCGUGACAUGGAACAGCAUAGGUCACUUUAGGCUCUUUAGUACUGAUAUAAAGGAAGUAAUAGAGCACGAACUCUUUGUAUUUGGCUUUUGUCAUUUUUUCUGUUGUUUGUGAACUUACUGCUGCAUGUUGUUACUGAUCAUUCAUUGGCAUUGCUGAAGAGAGGGUUCUCCUGCAUAAAUUUGAAACUAUUAACUCAGUCACUCCACUUUUAAUUAGGAUAGUGGUGGUUUUCAGUUUGGGUCUAUUAGGAAUAAUGCUGUACGUAAAUUUCUACCAUGCUUUGUUAGCACGCAUAAAACUUUCUGCUGGCCAUAGAAGUAACAAUGGAGUUGAAUGGUGACAGGUUUACAUCUCUGCACCUUUAGGAAACAGUGCCCAAGGAGUUUGAAAAAUUGUACAAACGUUCACACCCACCAGCAGUGUAGGAGGUUUCUGGUUUGUGGACAUGCUUGUCAACAGUGUUGUUUCUUUUUUCCUUUUUCUUUUUGACUUCUGGUUGGUGUUCACUGGUAUGAAGUAGUGAACUUCUUUUUUUUUUUAAUUUGUCUUAAAAAAUGUUUAUUUUUGAGAGA